AUGGCCUUAAAAGCCAAGCAAGACGAGGCCGGCAGGGUAUCGAACCCCUGUGCGCCAGCACCGGCGCUCAAGGGUGCCGAAAAGACGGGAGAUUUGGCCGAAAAUGCUCUCGGCCUCAGCAUCAACCCUAUCUCGCCUCAGGAUACGCCCACGGCAUACCUCGUGGACUAG